UCUCUCUCUCUCUCUCUUUACCCCCUCUCUCUCUCUUUGUGUGCUCGAUCUCCGAGGAUCCAUGGCGGAUCAGCUCACCGACGACCAGAUCUCCGAGUUCAAGGAGGCCUCCAGCUUGUUCGACAAGGACGGCGAUGGAAAAAUGGUGAACAACUGAACUAGAUGUUGAUUGACUCCACCUCCUCAUGCAUUUAGUAAUAAGCAAUGGCACGCUGUUUCCUCUUUCUUCGAAGGCUGCAAAGGCCGCCUUCUUUAUCUCUUCAUAAUUUGCUUUUUUCUAGAGCAUUUGCUGCCCCUCUCCCUCCAUCGUUAUGGUAUUCUCUUAACAAAAGUUCACACUCAUUUCACCCAUUUGGAAAUUUAUGGAAUAUAAGGAAUGUUAGCUAUGGAUCAGUGAAUCUCGUCCUUAAUGACGGGAUGCCAAAAUUCGAGACCCAUGAGAUAGAGCCUUUGAAAAAGAGGAAAUGGCUCACGAAGAAGCGACUUAAGCUCAAAAGGAAACGGGAGAAGAGUAAAAGGAAGGACGCAAACAAAAAGGAUCCACGACGAAUACGGCCGAAAGGGUUGAAGAAAAAGCAAAAAUUUCCCACUGCCGAGGCUCGGAUCAAGUAUAAGAUUGAGAAGGCCAAACUAAAGGAAGCUAUGCUUGUCGAAAAGCUAAAGAAAUAUGAAGUCCCGGAAGUUCAAGGCCCGAUGGUUAAACCUGAAGAACUGACGGGUGAGGAACGAUUUUACGUAAAGAAGAUGGCUCAGAGAAAAUCUAACUAUGUUCCCAUUGGACGGCGAGGCAUAUUUGGAGGAGUAAUACUCAACAUGCACUUGCAUUGGAAAAAGCAUGAAACUGUUAAGGUUAUCUGCAAGCCUUGUAAACCAGGCCAAGUUCAUGAAUAUGCUAGAGAAUUAGAAAGGCUUAGUGGUGGGGUAGCUAUUCAGGUUAUUGGGAAUGACACGAUUGUUUUCUAUCGUGGAAAGAACUAUGUUCAGCCUGAGGUUAUGUCACCGAUUGAUACACUAUCGAAGAAAAAGGCACUUGAGAAAUCAAAAUAUGAGCAGUCGCUUGAGACAGUUAGGCGGUUCAUCGCGAUAUCUGAGAAGGAGCUCGAGCUUUACUACCGACAUGUGGCACUUUACGGCGACCCACAGACAAGGAAUGCUGAUUUAGUUUAUGGUGAUGAUCAGAAAACCCCUUUUAGCAUGGGAACAGAGGAAUUGAAUUUUUCCAAGGAAGAAAGAGUUUGUUCUUCUGAUCAUUGUGAUAUAUCAGAAGAUUUUUCUGGCAUGGAAGUUGACUCAGAUUAUGAAUUUGAUUCCAACGAAGGGGAAUUCACUGAAGAUGAAACUGAUUCUGAUGUGGAAGAAGAAUCUAAUUGUCAGGUGGAUUUAGAGGAUGGAGAAGAGGAAUUUGAAGUGCCAAAAUAUCCAGCUUGAUGAUAUUCUGAUUCAUCAAGUCAAAAGAGUGGACUUCCAAGCUAUAUUUUCUUCAUGCAAAGUUUUUCCAUUGCAGAACCUCCCAGUGGGGCCCUGAGAGAAGUCAAUCCCAUAAGGGUAGUAAUUGGACUUUGCAAGUGAACUGAGGUAGUUGUUGUUCCCAUCAUCGACGAGCGAGUCUCCGAAGACGAACAUUGCUGGGACCUGAGGUGCCCCAUGCACCCCAGCUGAGAAGAAGCAGAAGCAAGAAGACACGAAAAUCGCUCCAGCAAGGAGCCCUUCGGAAGCUGUUUUUGAGCUGAACUUUCUCAUUUUUGUUCAAACAAAGUUGAUGGGAGUGAAAGCAAAUUGCAAUUAGAAGCUGUGGAGAUGGCUGUAUAUAUACUCGGAUGUGAUAAAUGUGUACACUAGGGUUCCUGCAAGGAUAUUUUGGUCCAAAUGUGCGAAUAUCGGAAAAAAAGGGGACCAACUUUGUGAAAUGCAAUAAAGGGUGGAUUGUUUAUGCAAAAAAAUGGUCAAGCUCAUGAAACUCUUGUUUUUUAGCUCAGUUUCUUCCUGCUUUUCCUUACAAACUUUGUCAGUUUCAGUAACAGAUUGUUGGCUUUUCUCCAGUUUAUCUGCUCUUUUCUGCAAUCUGUAACUGGUGCCUCCAUAAACAGAUAUGAUGGGAAAGUGGUUGUAAAUCAGAAAAGUGCUUUUAUUAUGUUGGUAAAAAGGUGAUAUGUUGGAGAGAGAUUUGCUUUGCUGCU